CAGGACUGCUGGGUGAGGAUCGGGGCUCAGAGAGAGGACACACACGAACGAAUACAGGAUGAGGACUCUGGCACUGCUGCUGCUGGGUUUGGCUUUUACAUGUGCCACUGCCACAAAGCCCAGAAGUCAGUUCACGCGUUACCGCUCAUGGAACUCACGGAUGUAUCCCGUGUGGAAAGAUGGAGACCCAAGAUUCAGGAACUGCUGGUUUGGUGGUGAAGUAACUUUUGAUCUAAAAAGUGAUGCACCAACUCUGACUGGAGCAAAAGCAACCUUCAAUAUUAAUCUUAAUUUCCCACCUAAUCAGACAACACUCACUGAUGGGCAGGUGGUCUGGGCGCAAAACUGCACCAUCAACGGACAACAGUACCAGGCGGGUCAGGCUGUGUAUCCUGACCAGGACACCCAGUCGACUGGAGUUUUCCCUGACGGGACACUGUUCAACAGGAGCCAGAACAGGAAACCCCGCUACGUGUUUGUGUGGAAGACAUGGGGGCGUUACUGGCAGGUGGCAGACGGACCAUCCUCCUCUCUCAGUAUCGGUACAGACAACAUCCCCCUGGGCUCCUACAACAUGGAGGUUGUCAUCUAUCAUUGCCGUGGCCAAGACAAGUUCAUCCCUCUCGGCUAUGCCUCCACAGUCUUCACCAUCACAGACCAGGUUCCCUUCACCAUAUCGCUCGCCCAAGUCAAUGAUGUGAACCAGAAUGACCAGAACUUCAUCCAGAACCGAGCCAUUGCUUUCAGUGUCAAGCUCCAUGAUCCCAGCCAGUAUCUCAACAACGCUGACAUCAGCUUCAGCUGGGACUUUGGUGACAGCACUGGUACUCUGAUCUCCAGAGACCUCACUGUCACACACACAUACCUCACAGCUGGGACCUUCAAACCUCAGGUGGUCCUGAUGGCAAGCAUCCCCAACGGCUGCGGAAAUCCUACUGCUGUUGUUCCUAUUGAUGGCUCUGCUGCUCCAGCAGUGGUUGUGAUGGCCUCAACCCCUGCUGCUGUUCCAGCAGCACCAGCUGAGGGAGGAGAUGCAAUUGCUCUGGAUGUUCCUGCAGAAGGUGGAGAAGUAGUCAUUGAGACAGAUGCAGAUGCUGCUGCUGCUGAUACAGCUGUUGCAGACGCAGAUACAGCUGCUCCAGAUGUGGCUGCUGAUGCCGAUACAGCUGCUGCAGAUGUUGCUGCUGAUGCCGAUACAGCUGCAGAUGUUGCUGCUGAUGCUGAUAUAGCUACUGCAGAUGCUGCUGCUGAUGUUGAUACAGCUGCUGCAGAUGCUGUUGAUGCUGAUGCUGCUGCUGCCGCUGAUACAGCUGCUGAAGAUGCUGCUGCUGCUGCUGCUGAUACAGCUGUUGAAGAUGCUGCUGCUGCUGAUACAGCUGCUGCAGAUGCUGCUAAUGCUGAUACAGCUGCUGCUGAUACAGCUGCUGAAGAUGCUGCUGCUGCUGAUACAGCUGCUGCUGAUACAGCUGCUGAAGAUGCUGCUGCUGCAGAUGCAGCUGCCGAUGCAACUGCUGCCGAUGAAACUGCAUUGGUUACAGAUGCAACUGAAGAAAAUGCGCCUGUGAUUGACGCUGCUGCCUCAAUUGCACCUGUUGCAGAAGGAGAAGCUGCAGUUGAGGAUGCUGGCGCUGUCACUGUUGCUCCUGCAGCAGAAGUACCUGUAGCAGAAGAAGCUGAUGUGGCUGCUGAUGCUGAAGCAGAAGCCCCUGCUGAUAAUGUUGCAGUCCCUGCUGCCACUGAGGCCACAGCUGUAGAAGAGGCAGCGCCAGCCGAUAAUACCGAGGCUGAAGCACAGGCAACUGAAAAUGAAGUUGCAGCGACUGCAGCUGCUGCCGAAGAGGCAGUUGCAGCUGAAGGUGAAGUUCAAGCAGAGGAUCCAGCACAGGUUGCCCUUGUUGUGGCUAAAAGACAAGCACCAGAGCUGACAGCUGACUGCAUGGUCUACCGUUAUGGCUCCCUCGCCACCUCUGUAGAUGUUGUCCAGGGUAUUGAAAGUGUAGAGAUUGUAGAGGUAUCCAAUGUUGUGGCAAUGGUGACUGAGUUGGAUCAGAAUGCUGUGGACCUCACCAUUACCUGCCAGGGAAGUCUGCCAAAUGAGGUCUGCACAGUCAUUUCGGAUGCUGACUGUAUCACACCGGUGGAAACAGUCUGUAAUGCAGCUACACCCUCUCCAGACUGUCAAAUGAUCCUUCGUCAGUUCUUUAAUGACUCCGGAGUAUUUUGCAUCAAUGUCUCCUUGACCAAUGAUGUCAGUCUUGCUGUGGCAAGUGCUAGAGUCAGUGUAACAGUAGCUUCUGGUGGCUCCCCAGCUGGAACUGCAGCUACAGUCCUGGGCGUUAUGGUUCUCGCCUGUGUUGUCUGUUGCAUUGGUUUGAUGUACAGGCGGUUCAAGCAGUACCAGCCAUUAAGAGAGGACCAUGCUGACAGUCAUGGAGGCAGCUCAGUGGUAACAUCAAUACCUUUGUUGUUGUGGAACUUGUUGAGCCGACAGUCACCAGGAGAGAGUCGUCCACUGCUUCAGGGGAGGAUUGUAUGAAUAUCAUCAUUAGCUAAUGCACUCAACAUCUUCAAUAUUUGUCAAAAUAUUGAGGUCAUAAACAUAAUACUCUAACUUUUGUGAUAUUGCAACUGCCGGUCAUGUAUAAAACCAGAACAAAUUAAGUGAACCAAGUUAAGUGAACCAGCCCCGUGUACAAAAAUGUGUAGAAAUAGAAAAGAGUCAAGUGUGGAAUGAAGAGGUAUAAUGAGAAUGUUAAAACAUUUGUAGAGGAAAGUGAUAUUUAUUUUGACUGAAGUAUUUUAUAAUAAUUGGCACCAAUAGUUUUUAGCAGCCAUAACUUACUCUUCUAUCUGUGGCCUACUUAUACUAAACCAAUUGGAAAAUUAAUGUUAACACCUUUCAGUCCAGUUUCUUUACAAUGUAAUUAAAAUCACUUACAUCGCAGAGCAUUAUUAUGUUUGCUACCCUUAAAUGGAUAAAGUCGAACUUUAUCACCA